AUGUCUUUCCUCAUUGCACCUUCCCAAUGGGACGACUUCGAGCAACUGUUCGACAAGCUAGUCACUGAUCGCUACGGGCCCCCAGCCGACGGUUCGAAAGCUGGCUCGGAAUCAAAGGCAGUCACCUCUGGUUCUCAUCAGGUUAGCAAAAUCCUCCGGCCCAAGAUGGAUGUUGUCGAAACGGACAGCUCGAUCGUCGUGACUACUGAGCUUCCCGGUGCCAAAAAAGAGGAUAUCUCUCGAUCGAUCUCCAGAAUGGCCGUCUUUCUAUCACCGGACAAACCAAAGCCUCGAGCGAACACUCUGAAGGAAGCGUCAGACGCCCCCUCUCCUCCUCCCUCCAAGAGCUCGGAAGACUUACCUCUAAUGCUUGGCCAGAUUUCCGAGAGAUCUUUCGGCUCGUUCAGUCGAGUGAUCGCCGUUCCCCAAGGACUCACUCAUGACCAAGUCAAGGCCGGAUUCAAGGACGGCGUCCUCGAAGUCUCUAUCCCCAAAACUGUCCCCAACAAAGAAUCCCACAACAUCCCCAUCUCUUAG